AUGGCUCAGUUUGGUGACUUUGAUUCUGUCCGCAAGGACAUUGAGGCUAUCCUUAAGAACAAGGACUACGAUGAUGGUUCGAUUGGUCCGGUCAUUGUCCGUCUUGCUUGGCACUCGUCGGGUACCUACAGCAAGGAGGAUAACACCGGUGGCUCGAACGGUGCUGGUAUGCGCUACGAGCAGGAGGGUACCGACCCUGCCAACGCUGGUCUUGAGCACGCUCGUAAGUUCCUUGAGCCCAUCAAGGAGAAGCACUCGUGGAUCACUUAUGCCGACCUUUGGACUCUGGCUGGUGUGACUGCGAUCAAGGCUAUGGGCGGCCCUGACAUUCCAUGGAAGCCGGGCCGCACUGACUUCACUAACACGAAGUUCCUGCCCCCGCGUGGCCGUCUCCCUGAUGGUGCUCAGGCCCAGGACCACCUCCGCCACAUCUUCUACCGUAUGGGCUUCAACGACCAGGAGAUUGUUGCUCUGUCGGGUGCCCACAGUCUCGGUCGUUGCCACUCCGACCGCUCGGGCUUCGAUGGUCCUUGGGCCGUGAACCCGACCCGCUUCUCGAACACCUACUUCAAGCACUUGCUAGAGCUUAAGUGGGAGCCGCGCAAGUGGGACGGUCCGUUCCAGUACUCGGCCCGUGCACCGGGUAUGGAUGAGGACGAUGAGCCCCUCAUGAUGCUCCCCACUGACUACGCUCUGAUUCAGGACCCCAAGUUCCGCGAGUGGGUCGAGAAGUACGCCGCUGACCGUGACCUCUUCUUCAGCGACUUCACGAAGGUGUUCGCUAAGCUCAUUGAGCUUGGUGUUUACCGUGACGAGGAUGGUAUUGCUCGCUGCGACAAGCGUGAUGCUAAGGGCUCGUACAUUUCUGCUCCUCCGAUGUCGGGCACUUCGACCAAGCUUUAA